AUGCUUCGCAACAUCCAGCUGCCGAGCAGGGCCCACUCCGGCCCAAACAGCUUCCGGGGACGCGUCGGACAGGCCGUGGCGGCGCCCUCGCGGUCGGGAUGCGCCACCAGGAAGUCCACGAAGAUGAUGCCUAUCGGCGUUCCGCAGGUCCCGUACCGCAGCCCCAAGGGGGACGGCUGGCUGUGGAUCGAUCUGUGGAACUGCCUGUACCGUGAGCGCAUCAUCUUCCUCUCCAACGCCGUGGACGAGGAGCUGGGCAACCAGCUCGUGGCGACGAUGCUGUACCUGGACAGCGAGAACAAGAAGGACAUGAGCAUCUACAUCAACUGCUCGGGCGGGGACGUGGUGCCUUGCCUCGCCAUCCACGAUACCAUGCGAUUCAUCAAGUCGGACGUGGCGACGGUCGGGUUCGGCGGCGCCAUGGGCAUGAGUGGCUUCCUGCUGGCCAUGGGCGAGCGCGGGAAGCGCUACUGCCUCCCGAAUACGCGGAUCAUGCUGCACCACCCAGCUGGCGGCGCCCGGGGCCAGGCGUCCGACAUCCACCGCGAAUCCAAGGAGCUCAUGCGCAUCCGGAGAUAUGUGACGACCCUGCUGGCGGAGCAGUCGGGCAAGGUGGACUACGAGCGGUUCUUCUACGAGAUCAGCCGCGCGCGGUACUACUCCGCGGAGGAGGCGCAGGAAACAGGUCUGAUCGACACCGUGGUGCGUCCACGCAACGCGAGCGCCAAGGCCGGGUAUGCGUGA